GAAUGUCAAAUGUGUUUUUUAUGAUAUACUUUGUUAAUUUGAUCAGUUCUUUUCUAGGAGUGUGCUAUUAUAUAAUGAAAGCCAGAGGAGGAGGCAGUAGGCAUCUGCCGAAACGAUAAUUACUCACAGUGAGGUAUAAAGCACUGUUCAAGGGGUGCUGUGAACUUAUCAUUAAACCCAGCUGUGACCUCACUGAACGUUUCCCUUUGUGUCUCACAACACAAGGGGACAGCCACAGCCUGCCCUCUAAAGACAACUCUCUUCCUCCACACAAAACUACAAGCACCUAAUAACACACACACCCUUCACUCAAAAAUUUUAAAUCACCAUUUUCAGGGCCUCAUUAGACCUGCCUAGACCACAAAUAUAUGUGUAUAUAACAUCGUAAUUUAAGAGGAACUUUGGCCAGUGGUAACAAAAAGGCUGAAAGAAAACGGCCCACUAAGGUGCCAGUCCCCAAAGAGUAGUCGAAAGAUAUAUUACUACUGAACAAGCGAAAGGAAUGAUUAUCUACCUAAAUAACUAAAUAAAUAACAAUGUUUAGUAGUAGUAGAGGCUCUGGCCAAGGGCAGCAGAAAAGAACGAAGAAAAAGGCCCUGAGGUGUCAGUCCUCAAAAAAGACAUCAGCAGAAGUGCUACUUAUAUUGCUACAAUUAGCUAAACAGAUAAAGAGAUAAUUAAUAACAAUGUUCAAUACACUGCUUGGUAUCUGUUCUUAGUGUGUGUGUGUGUGAGGCAAAACUUUUUAUAAUCUCGUGCGUUGAAGGAGCAGCGCUGUGUCAAAACACGAAUUCCUGAUUUGCGUGAAGGGUAAACAAAUGCACGUGCAGUGAACCAGUGACGAGAACAACCUUUGGCACCUUGAGCACUGAACCUUUACAAGCAUCGUGUGAGAAAAAUAUUCUUGAAUAAGGAACCACUUCAAGCAGUUAAACACAAGCAGAAUCAAGUUUUCUCAUCGAGACUUCUACCCACCACUCCCUGGAGGCUGUAGUCCCUUGGCUGUGAGGUGCUAGGACAGGUGCUGAGCCAUGCCCCCCAGGAGACCACAAAGUAAACAAAAGUUGCCCAACAAACAAGCAAUCCAGAAAAAGCCCCAAGUUGUGGAAGAAGAUGUUGAAGCAGCGGAGAAGUUUAAGGUUGAACUGCAGUGGUGCGUGCAGCAAAUAGAAGCAGCCAUGCAGAAAACUUCCCUCAAAGAAAAAGAGGACAUGGCCAAGUCACACCGCACUCUGACAAGUAGUAAGGCAUCACAUGUUAAAAAGAGGCAACUGAUGAACUCCCUGUUUGGCGAUUACCGAGCCAAGAUGGCAGAAGAGGAAUCCAAAAUGAAAACUGAGGCACCCAAACUGAAGAAACACAGUGCUGCUCCAGACAAAUCUAUGUUCCUUAGAAAGUCAGCAAGCCACUCCCCUUCCACUACUACUGGGCCUCUAACACACUCCCAAGGUGGUGUUGAGAAAAGCCCAGCAGCAGAAGGCAUAGAUCCAGAUUUGCCUGAUAGUGAAAGCUCCAGUGCAUUAGAUACCAAAAAAGUUGAACAUGGUGAGAGUGAGAGUGAAGGAACAAGUACUUCUGAUUCAAAUAAGGUAGGAAAUCUUUCUGAAGGAAGUGUAGACAAGAAAACAGCAUCCAGUUCUUUCAAGUUUCCUUCGCGGUCUGGAAAUGCAUUCAGAUUUAAUUUUUCCGUCUCUUGAGUUCUUUGUUUUGUAGUUACGUGACAGUCAAGGUUAACUGAAAUUCACUUGGGUCUUGAUGAACAUUGUGGCUUAAUUGGUAGUGUAGCUUGAGGGUUCUGGUGCAGGUUUGAUCCUGGCUGCUCCUUUCCUAUAAGCUUGAUGCUGGAGCUAAUCUCACCAUUUCAGUAGUUCAGCUCAAGACAACAUACUUCAUAGACAUUUUUGUAUGGGAUUCCAUAACAGAAAGUAUUAGAAAUGUUGUAUCCCUAGAAACAUACAGCCAAAAUUUUAAUGAUUUUAAGUUGAAUGUGUGAAAUCAAUCUUACAUGACUCUCUCUCUCUCUCUCUCUCUCUCUCUCUCUCUCUCUCUCUCUCUCUCUCUCUCUCUCUCUCUCUCUCUCUCUCUCUCUCUCUCUCUCUCUCUCUCUCUCUCUCUCUCUCUCUCUCUCUCUCUCAGAUUUAAGAAUCAGUAAAAUCUAAAUUGUUGUGUUUAGAAGCUUUAUCAGCUGAUUUGAGGUUAAUAAAAUUGUUUAUGUAU